GUGGGAGACGUAGGGCAAGGCGGGCUCGCCUCUUGGCCUGGGCGGGCUGCCCCUUCUCCAGGACGCCUCAGGCGGGGGGCGGCCAGCUUCUGCUUCUAAGUCGGGAGACGGAUCUGGCUGGAAGAAGAGAAGGUGAGGACCUUAUGCUGAGAAACAGCAACUUGGCCAAGACACUUUGCAAAUCUCCCCAGAAUAACAUAGUGUAUGCAGGCAAUUUGACUAUAGUUCAAGAGAGAGUAGAAGCAGAACGAAAUCUUUCCUAUUACUAGCAGCACAAGAAAGACACUUUAAUGGCUACAUCCAGACAUGUAAUACAAGUGAUCCAUUGCAUCAAAGUGGUUUUGCCAUGGGGACUUCAGAUAAAAAGAGCUGCCAGUUUUAGCCAUGCCUGCUAUAAAAAUAUAUCUUCAGAUUUUGCUGCCAGAGCUCUUCCUGCAAACGCAGUGGAACUUUUUGGCCAUACAUAUCUCUCAGAUAACUACAGUAAUGUUACCCCAAAAAUCCUUUCCAAGGUGGGGAGAAACUUGCACAACCAAAGAAAUCAUCCUUUGUGGUUGAUUAAGGAACGUGUGAAAGACCAUUUCUACAAGCAGUAUUUGGUACGUUCUCGGAACCCAGUGUUUUCAGUAUAUGAUGAUUUGUCUCCUGUGGUCACAGUAGAACAAAACUUCGAUAGACUGCUUAUUCCACAAGACCAUCCAAGCAGAAAGAAAGGAGAUAACUACUACUUAAAUCAUACUCACAUGCUAAGAGCUCAUACAUCUGCCCACCAAUGGGAUUUGAUACAUGCUGGACUUGAUGCAUUUUUGGUUGUGGGAGAUGUUUAUCGUCGUGAUCAGGUUGAUAACACCCAUUAUCCAAUCUUUCAUCAAAUGGAAGGAGUACGACUCUUCUCCAGCCAUGAAUUGUUCAGCAAUGUCAGUGAUGGAGAAAAUUGUUGCUUGUUUGAACAAGGACACCGUACAUCAGAUAAGCAAGAGAUGCAUACCAUGGAAGCAGCAAAGCUUAUGGAAUACAAUUUGAAAAUGACACUCACAAAACUUGUGGCUCAUCUCUUUGGCGAUGGACUCAAGAUUAGAUGGGUGGACUGCUAUUUUCCAUUUACUCAUCCUUCCUUUGAGAUGGAGAUCUACUUUCAAGGAGAAUGGAUGGAGGUCUUGGGUUGUGGGAUCAUGGAGCAACAGCUAGUUAACUCAGCUGGUGCUGAGAACAAAAUUGGAUGGGCAUUUGGUUUGGGAUUAGAGCGGUUGGCCAUGAUCUUGUAUCGGAUUCCUGACAUUCGCAUUUUCUGGAGCCAAGAUGAACGUUUCCUGAAACAGUUUAAUGUGCUUCACAUUGACCAGAGCAUAUACUUCCAGCCUUUCAGUAAAUACCCUCCUGUAAUCAAUGAUAUAUCCUUUUGGCUGCCUUCCGAAAAAUAUUGUGAAAAUGACUUCUAUGAUUUAAUCCGAUCUAUUGGAGGAGACAUGGUGGAAGAAGUCAAGCUCAUAGAUGUAUUCACACAUCCAAAGACAAAAAGGGUCAGCCAUUGUUACAAGAUCACUUACCGGCACUUCGAAAAGACCCUGACUCAGAAGGAAAUAACCAAUAUCCAUCAAGCCAUUCAGAAAUCGGUAGUACAGGAAUUUGGAGUGGAUGGAAGAUUUUGACUUUUCAGCUUUAAAUUUCUGGGUUCUUUUUUUUUUUUAAAGUCCUUAUUUCUAUUAAAAAGAAUUCACAUUAUGUGGAAAACCUUUAUGUAAUAAAGAUGAAUAAUAUAACAGUUGCUACUAACACUAAUAAAUACCUUGCUGGUUUGAUUACA